GCAGCCCCUGUUCGCUUUUACGCACAGGGGAAAGCAGUACACAUGGACCAGGUUACCCCAAGGAUAUGUCGAUUCCCCCGCGGUUUUUACAGCCGUAGUGAGGGACGCCUUGGCCGGUUUGUGCCUCCCCUCGGGCUCCUCCGUGCUCCAAUACGCGGAUGAUCUUCUGGUAACGGCGGAGGACGAGGACCUUUGCGCUAAAGCCACACUCGCUCUCCUCUCUCUUCUGGCGCAAGAAGGUUUCAAGGUCUCACGAACUAAGCUUCAGUUCUGCCUCCCCACUGUUCGAUAUCUGGGUCACGAUCUCUCCCAGGGCUCCCGCAGGCUCAGCCCCGAGCGUGUGCAGGUCAUCCUAGACACUCAGGUGCCUGCCACCAAACACGCCCUCAUGGCUUUUCUGGGACUUAUCAAUUACUGCCGCCAGUGGAUUCCUGACUGUUCCACCUAUGACAAGUGUCUGCGCUCUGCAAUUCUGCACUCGGACCCUUUGACUCAGCCCUUGGUAUGGUCUGACGAGAUGCUGACGGCCUUCAGGGCCUUGAAACAGGCUUUAUGCUCGGCCCCUGCUCUCGGACUUCCGAAUUACCGUUUGCCGUUUCAUUUAUAUGUGUGCAACCAGCAGGGAACUGCGUCUGGGGUUUUGGCGCAGGAGCACGGGGGGGGUAUGCGGCCUUGUGCGUUCCUCUCUAAAACUCUUGAUUCUGUGGCACAGGGUCUCCCUGCUUGCCUCAGGGCGGUGGCUGCAUGUGCUGUCAUGGUCACGGACGCUGAACGGCUGGUUUUGUCUCACCCGCUCGUUCUCCACACCUCACAUGAUGUAGUGCACGUUUUAAAGAACCUCAGUACCCAGCAUUUAUCUGCGCAGCGUCGCUCUGGAUACGAGUCUAUUCUUUUGGCCACCGAAAACCUUACUGUUAAGCCCUCCUCCUCCUUUGAUUCUCUCGCGCACGCGCUUCAGCGCCUCCUCAAUUCACAGGAUGAUUUUCUUCCUUCUGAAACACACGACUGCAUUUCUAGCAUUCUUUUCGAGACAAGUAUCCGCCCCGACUUACGCUCCACCCCGUUACUUUCAGGUGAUUCGCUGUUUGUGGACGGCUCGUGCUCACGCCCCUCUGACGGCGUUUUCGUGUGUGGUUAUUCUGUGUGCCGCCUUCCUGAUGAAACUGUUGAAGCUUUUUCUCUUCCUUUCUCCUCGGCUCAGGCUGCCGAACUAUACGCUCUAACCCGUGCAUGUGUUAUUGCCCAGGACACAGACGUCACUAUCUACACUGAUUCACGUUACGCUUUCGGCGUUGCUCACGACUUUGGUCGGAUUUGGGCUUCGCGUGGGUUCACCACUGCAGACGAAAGUUGCUGUGACAAUAGCUGACGGCCUUUUCAGGGAUCCCCUUUCCAGCAUCCGGAGUGAUCCGGUUUCGGCUGAUCUACAAAGAGGGGAUGGUCGGUGCGUCCCGCAGACUUCUGAACUGAGGAAUCUGGAAGACACGUGAGCCUGGGCUACCUUCAACUAUCUACAUCCUGUGGACACAGAAAGAACAAAGUCAGUGACCAGUAUGACUUUCCUUCUGGUAUUGGUCUUAGCGCUUGGAGCAGGGAAUCCCGCUCAAGCCAGCCACGAGGACAACGUUUUUUGGCGAUUUGCCAAUUGGACUGCUAAACAACAUACUAAUCAGUCUUGUUAUGUCUGUCAAUACGUUAGAGUCUAAAUUGUAGUUAUACUCUGUAAACAAAGUAUAAAAGAGGGGAUUGUAAGAUUGUGUGUGUUCUCGUGCAUAGCUGUACUGAACUUAUGACCCUUUCACACCCUGGUAAACGUGCAUAAUCGCGAGAACAUACUCUUUUAUUUUCUCUGUACCUUCUAGUUUCGCUGAAACCACAUUCCUGGUUCCUCCUGUUCUAGGGGGUGUAUGGUCUGCUCUUUCAUGUAUAAUAAAACAACUCCUUAUAUGGUGAGUUGACCUUGUGCCCCCGAGCCCCUUACUUAUCUU